UUCAGGUUUUAAAGUUCGUUUCCAAUGUCCUCUGAUCAUUUGUCUUGAUAUGCGUCCUCCGCAUGCUGAGUGGUGCAGUCCUGAGUGCUAUGCGGAACAAGUAUUCACAAGUUGAUAUGAUUCUCAAGGUAGGACAACGAAGAAAAGGACGAAGGCAUCCACAAAUGUCAUAGACGCAUUGUCUUGAUGAGGUUUAAACUCAAAGGAGAACGUGUUUUAGGUUUUAAAGACGGUAGAAAUUCGGUGUUUGCUGCACCAACUUCUCCUCUAACCAGCUACCUCAAUGGUCAAAUGGGUAAUGUCCUUUUCAUCAUCAUGUUACUAUCUCUGAGAGUUAGUUUAUGAUUAAACUUAAGCAUUUUGACAACCAUUUACCCCGCACUGUUGAAAACAUUGGUGAUUAGUUAUGUUAUUGGUUGCGACGUUUACUUUCUUGUAGAAACUAGAAAAAAAGGUUAUACAAUACAAUCUUGCAACGAUGUGUUAAUUCUUCGCAUUACCUGCCGUAAUUUCUUUGCUACGUUAUUUAUGGAUACUACGGAGAAUUAGAGGCAAAUUUACUUACAUCGACAUUAAUUUAUAUAUAGACACACACACACACACACACACACAAGUGUUUUUCUUUAUAUAUAUUUUAAGAGAGGAAGGGUGUUUUGGCUAGUGUUCUUGUAACAAGUUCAAGUCCUUCUCUGAUCGAGUAAAUCACUGUACGUAUUUGAAAUAGUAUAUUCAUAAGAAUUAUAUAUUUUCUUAUUAUCUUCUUAAGAUUUAAACUGUAGAUAAUAAUAUAGAAAACAAACUCAGCUACAGUACAGAUAAGAAUCACGCAUGAUUGCAUGCUAUGUAUAUAUGUGGCUAUCUGCUGCAUUAUUGACGCAUGCAUGUUUAUAUUCUUCCUUAGUUAUUUUCCAAAUCAUUUAGAAAAUAUAAUUAUGCAUAGAAUUAAGCAAGCCCCAAAGUCCCACUUGUAGUAGAAAGACUAGGACGAUUAUCAAAUUACGGACGCCGGUGUGGGGAGGGGAGAGAGAUAGGUGGCCUAUUAGCACAGUGGUUGGUUAGGAUGCAAAAUCAUCAAGCACACGUGGAAAGCUGGAACGAGAUCCAUUUCAGUACUCAAUUGAAAAUAUGUAAGGUAAUAAUGAAGGACAAUACUAGCUAAUGAUCUUAUGCCCUACAUUGCAUCAGGCAAUCAAUAAAACUAAUCAACUUGCCACCUCCUUUAUUAGGAAAUUGCUAAUUCUAACAUUUGUUGUUAGUGAUAUUGUUACUAGAUUCACUCAUUUAUAUAUAUAUAUAUAUAUAUAUAUAUAUAUAUAUAUAUAUAUAUUCACUUAUUUUGGGACAUGAAUGACAUGAUAUGAUAGAGGUUCCAGUGAGUUGGAGGAAGAAAACAACGCUUGGAAGUUAUUAUACUCCAUCCACUAACACGAAUGUGUGAUUAAUUUAUAGAUCAUUAUUAUAGUUCUAAUAAUUUCUAAUUAAAAGGUGGCCAUAUAUACAACUUCACCAUUCAGAACUACAUUUCGUUUACUCCUUUGAUCCCCAACCUAACUUUAGUUUUCAGGGUUGUGGUAAAAUUAAGUUCUUGCUAAAUCCCUCUAGUUUUAAAUAAUUUUCUGGAUUGAUAUGGGUGAAAAAUGAUGAUUUUACAAUUUUACGAAUGAUAAUGUAAGAAGAGUAGUGUGCAUUAACCAACCAACUUAUUAAAACUCAAAAAAAAAAAACCUUAAAACUUAUGCAUGAAUCAGUUUAUUGGUUAGGGAUUAAGAAUGUAUAAAAAUGUAUUAGCUUAUGUUUAUAUAUUACCGCGUUUCGUUCACACCAAGAAAAAAAGAAGUUAGAUUACAUUCUUCUCACAGAAGACUUCCCCAACUUUCCUCACGAGGACGGCUGGAGUUGGAUAUGGUGAAACUAAAUAAAUAACUAUCGUGUAGGAAUAUUAUAAGUAAUGUUCGCUUUAUAUAUAUAUAUAUAUAACUUGUGAUCCUUUCUUUCAUUUCAUUAUGUGUGGAGAGUUCACAUUUUGGAGUCGUAUGAUUUGUUAAUUAAUUUUCUAAUAAGUCAUCUUCACUUGCAGAUGGAUAUGUAAUGCUUUUGAGAAUCUUCCCUGCAUAUUCAUUCAUUAAUUAAUUAAAAGACCUGUUUCCGGAGCUCCUUUGGCCUUAUUCAUCAAUUGUUUUUUCCCUCUAGAAAUUAAAAACAAAUAUGAUUAAUGUUAGUCACGAGACAUGUUUGAAAUAUUCAGCGCUGUGAUCAGGAGAAAAGAAGAAGAAGAAAAAACAAACACAAUUUAUGUCGCUGACCAUUGAGAAAUCAAGUUUCAAAGUCCAUUAAAUUCAUAAAUUAUACUAGAAACUAGAUGUGCAUGUCUCUAUUCGUGACAAAUUCGCUUAACUUGUUUUGUUUCUGAGUUUAUUACAUGAAAGUUGUUGUAUUGUCUGUUUUUAAUGAAAAUAUGGAGGAAGAAAGUGACUACCUGCUAAUUAGUAACUGGAAUUUCCAUUGUUUUUCUUUUUUCCUUCUUUUUUUUACCCCAAUCUUUAAUGCACGGGGCACUUUUUUAAAUUAUUUUUGGCAUAAGUACUUUUACUAUGUUGUUUUCUUAACUGUUAAAAUUUUUUAGGUUUCAAAGAAUUCCAAAUGAGUUCAAUGCGUGAAUAAAUAUAAAUUUUUAUCCGGUCAUUAAAUCAAAUUAAAAAUUUUCUUGAUCAUUCUAAAUGUCUAAUUAUAUUAAGAUAUUAUUUAAGAAUUAUUUAUUUAUUUUUUGUUGUCAUCAAUGGAUUCUUUUUUCUAGUUAGAUUAUGAAUUUCAAUUUAAUCAAAAUUUUACUAAUUCAUUAGGAUAUUUCUCUUGUAUUAAAGGCUAUUUUCUAAAAGUAGAUUGAUGUAUUGACUUUCAUAUUAUAUUUGAGUUUUAUAUACAAUUGUUUCUAUAAUUAAGGGUUGUAUCUUAGGCUUGAGAACCCUAGUAUUUUUCUUUAUAGUUUAGGAUUGUAAAACUUUAGAAAUUAAAUGUUCGAUGUACAAAAGGUACUGGCAAAACCUUGUCCUUCUGUGUGAUGUAUGAGUGAAGGUCAUUUGGAUAACUAUGAGGGCUCAAAAACUAGCUAGCGCAUGCAAAGAACCCAGUAGCAUAUACUAGAUCGAGUGGAGCAUUUAUCAACAAAAAUUGCAAAAUGCUAAUUAAACCAUCUGACACUAUAAAAGGGAGGCAUAAACAUGAAUCUUGAUGCGGAGAGGGAUGUUGACUCUAUAGGGCAACUAUUUUGUCGGUUGUUUUUGUUUUCAAGACUAAAUUAGACUAGGAAAAUAAUAUUUCUUACUAUUUUUUUUCUAUUUAAAUUAGUACUUUCAAUUUAAUUAAGAUUUUACUAAUCAAUAUAUUUUUUGUUUUUUUCUCGUAUUUAAACAGCUAGAAAUAUUUUAGAGGAGAUUGAUAAAUUAAUUAUUGACUUUCAAAAAGUAUACAUGAGUUUUCUAUAUAAUUAAGGAAUAUAACCUCGAGAACCCUAGUUUUUUACUCUAGAGUUUAGAACCACCUGUAAAAUUACUGUGGGGACUGAUCAGUAACCCUAUCCAAGCCAGUGAAGGGAUAGAAAAUUUGAAGGUGGCCCUAGCUAGUGACGUGAUGUUAUUUCACGUGAUCUUGUAUUGGGAGAAAAAAAGUAGGAAAUUACUUGGAAAAAGAAGAAGAAGCAACAUAAUGAGAAUUCUAGUAGUCGUAACUAACGUAAUUGUUGCUCAAUGUGGUAAUUAUGACAGUAAAGAACGUAUUGUGAUUGUCAUGUUAAGUUUGCUCCCAUUUGCUAAUUAAUUAACGGGCACUUAUAAAAAGUUGAAAAAUGCGUAAGCUGGCCAGGAAUUUCAGAAACUGGUGAGGCCCCAUCUUCAUUCACUGAUAAUAAAAACAUUAUGUAAACAUGAUUCACAGUAAUUUAGAGAUCGCCGGCAUGGCGAUGCACUGGGUGACGAAGGAGGCAGCUUAAUUUGUUGCGUGCAUGGAAUGAGCUUCUAUACUCUGACCAUCGAAGACGUGCCAUCUGUUCCCUGACGCUGACCUCUUUCUUAGUUUUAGGACUUCUGCAGUAGUUUGUUUUUGACCAUCAUUAAUCAUUCGAUAUUUGGAUCUCAAAGUUGCCCUCGGUAUUUUGAAGUAUAAUAAUUAUAGAACUAACCUACCUUGCCCUUGGGGGACAGCCUAGCUAGCUAGCUAGCUACACUCUUUAGAUAUAUCGGCCAGAAUUAAUAUAUUUGUGUGGCAGAGCUUAGUGAUGAAAAUGUCACUAGCUAGGAGAAUAUGUGAAUUCUUGGAAAAUAUAUAUGUAUUAAUUUGAUAGGCUUCCUGAUCUCUACAAUAUUGAAAUGGAAGACAGGCUUUUUCAUGCCUCCCAAGGUAUAGAAAAUCUGCACCAGGGAUAUACUUCUGAAGUUCAGCUGAUAUUGAGGUUUGAGGCCAGUCGCGGAUGGAAUAGUGGAAUCCAAAAACAUUGUGCCCUACCACGAGCUAGCUGUCUUGAUUACUGAAACAUAUUUUAAUAGUUGGCUGCUUAAAAAAUUAUGGCCGAUUGAUUAAUUAAGAGUAAUUAAUCACCUUAGAGGGAGGAGACGGAGAGGGCAUAGCUGACAUUUCAAGAAUAAAAAGGUCAUUGUUGUUUUGCUUAGCAAAUGGGAAGCUACCACAUCAGCCUGCUUUUUUUGGGCUCUAUUGUAUCAGGGUGGCAUGAAACAUGGAACGCAUAUAAAUAGCAAGCCUGCAGUUAAUGGUUGGAUCAUAGGGAGCCUAAUCUUAAGGUGAAAAACAUAGGAUACAGUACUGUCUUGUACUCUUGAAAAUGGGCAGGUCUCCUUGCUGUGACGAGAGUGGCCUCAAGAAAGGUCCCUGGACCCCUGAAGAAGAUCAGAAACUUGUCAAAUAUAUCCAAAAACAUGGCCAUGGAAGCUGGAGAGCCCUCCCUAAACUUUCUGGUCUUAAUAGAUGUGGAAAGAGUUGCAGGUUAAGGUGGACAAACUAUUUAAGGCCAGAUAUCAAAAGAGGGAAAUUUUCUCAAGAAGAAGAACAAACAAUUCUAAAUCUCCAUUCCGUCCUUGGCAACAAAUGGUCUGCAAUUGCAAGCCACCUACCGGGUCGGACCGAUAAUGAAAUCAAGAAUUUCUGGAACACCCACCUGAAGAAAAAGCUCAUUCAAAUGGGUUUUGAUCCCAUGACUCACAGGCCUCGCACCGAUAUCUUCUCAAGCUUACCUCAUCUUAUAGCCCUAGCUAACCUGAAGGAGCUCAUAGAUCACCAUUCAUUGGAAGAACAUGCUCUGAGACUACAAACAGAAGCUGCACAGAUGGCAAAACUUCAAUAUUUGCAAUAUCUCCUUCAACCUCAACCUCCUGCAGCUUCUAAUACUGCAACAAGCUCAAACAACCUAAACAAUAUCGGUACUCUUUGUGACAUCGAAGCCUUUAAUCUCUUGAAUUCACUUGCUUCACUCAAGGAUAGCCCAGUGUCAAGUUUAUCCCAGUUGGAUUUACCGGCUUCCUCUCUUCAAGGGAUCAAUGAUUCAAUCCCCUUCUCCCAUUUGCCUGACUUACAAAUCCCUUGCAAUUAUCAAACACCACCAACCAAGGGCAUGGCUCAAGCUCCUGAGUUAACAGUGUUUAGUCAAGGAGAGAACUCGCCCAUUUCUCCAUUUCAGUUUCCUUCAUCUUCAACUCCAUUUCCUCCUUCUGCAGUUCCACCUGUAACACAGAUAUCCAGCAUGGUCAACAACUUGGGAGAUGCCUCUAGUACUUCAAGCUAUGGAGAAGAAGUUCCUUCAGUUUGGCAUGACCUCCUUGAAGACCCUUUGUUUCAAGAUAUUGCUUAAUUAGCUUAAAUUUUCAUAUAUGUGAAAAAGGUUUGGAGUUUCACCACCACUUCACUGUGUAAUAACACAACAUAUAUACACUGUUUGUAGCUGUAUGUAUACUUUAGGACAUUGCACUCAUCAUGGUAGAUAGAUUUACAUGCAUGUUUUAUAAUUUAAGCAGAGGCUUUCAUCAUGGAGUGUACACCAUUUAUAUGCAAUUGAGAGACUGAUUUUACUGAAA